AUGCAUCAUUCUGACGUACAAGUAAGUGUACCCAAUCCAAUUGAUACAAUCUUGCAAAUUCUGGACAGAUCCCAAAACUAUCUCUGCAUUGAGAUUGUCAACCAGCUUGGAGAUCAGUUGGGACUCAAUUGGAAGCUGCUGAUUCAAAAUUGCAAGGUAAUAUUUCACCUCAUCUUGAUUAGUGAUGAUGAUUCCUUCACCGUGGGUAUCGUAUCUGGGUCUUCCGGCUCUUCCCAGCAUCUGAAGAAUGUCUUGUGGAGAGAGUUCAACCCAAGUACCUUUCUGUGGAGAGUAGACAUUGGUACCUUUGAUAAUAACUGUGUGUGCUGGGAGAUUAACACCCCAUGCCAAGGUGGCCGUAGAAACCAGAACUUUCAGAUAUCCUUGAGCAAACAAAUCUUCUGCUGUCGAUCUGUCCUUUCUGUUCAUUCCGGCAUGGUGAAUUCCAAAUCCCAUGGGGAGGACACUUUUCAAGCCUUCGCUCUUUGCGUCGUUGGCUUCAGUCCGCAAAAUCUCCUGAACACCAGGCGUAAAUUUGAUAAGAUUAGCAGCUUGUUCAGUUUCAAUCAACUUGUCAACCAUCCAUUUCGCAGUCUUUUCUGUUUCUUUUCUGGAAUGCACAAAGAUGAUCACCUGAUGGCCGUUGGUGACGUUCUCCACAACUUUGUCGUAGCAAACUUCGUACAUUGCUUGAAACCUCUUCAAAGACUUUUUCUCGGUGAUACCAACAAACUGCUGGGCCAGAGGACAUGGUCGGUAGGUAGCAUCGAAAUAGAACAAUCCUUUUUCCUCAACUUUAAGGAACCUAGCCACAUCCACGUAAUUUGGAAGUGUAGCAGACAAUCCAACCAAUCUGGCGGGAUCUUCGUUAUUAUCGUCUGA